UCUGCUUCGUUCAUUCAUUUCGGUAAAAGUCAUCACCCAGCAAGGAAGGUUGGCUGCGUGGCCUCUUUCUUCGUCGCGUUGGCUGGAAAAAGUUGCUAAUUUUUCCGCUGGAAAAUUGUUCGAAUUAGUCUGUAGGAAUAUAUAAUUUACGUGAAGUGAAGUUGUUUAAAUCCUGUGGAUUGUGGACUGCAUUUGGGGUGGUAGAUUUAUUAGGGAAACGAGGUCGGGUUUUUUACGGGAAUAAGAAGAAGACCAAAAUCUAAGAGGCAGCAAAAUGGGAAUAAAAUUCCUGGAAAUCAUCAAACCGUUCUGCAGUAUUCUGCCGGAGAUUGCCAAACCGGAGCGAAAGAUUCAGUUCCGGGAGAAGGUACUAUGGACGGCAAUUACGCUCUUUAUCUUCCUGGUGUGCUGCCAGAUUCCACUGUUCGGUAUCAUGAGCUCGGAUUCGGCUGAUCCCUUCUACUGGAUUCGUGUAAUUCUGGCAUCGAACAGAGGCACGUUGAUGGAACUCGGAAUUUCGCCAAUUGUCACAUCCGGAUUGAUUAUGCAGCUGCUGGCUGGUGCGAAGAUUAUUGAAGUCGGUGACACACCGAAGGAUCGGGCUCUGUUUAAUGGAGCUCAGAAGUUGUUCGGAAUGGUGAUUACGAUUGGACAGGCCAUUGUGUACGUCAUGACCGGAAUGUACGGUGAUCCGGCGGAGAUCGGAGCCGGUGUUUGUCUGCUGAUCAUCAUUCAGCUGUUCGUGGCUGGAUUGAUUGUGCUGUUGCUGGAUGAGUUGCUGCAGAAGGGUUACGGGUUGGGAUCUGGAAUUUCGCUGUUCAUUGCGACUAACAUUUGCGAGACGAUCGUGUGGAAGGCGUUCUCCCCGGCCACGGUUAAUGCCGGACGCGGUACGGAAUUCGAGGGUGCUGUAAUUGCGCUGUUCCAUCUGUUGGCCACCCGCCAGGAUAAGGUUCGCGGGCUACGAGAGGCUUUCUACCGUCAGAAUCUUCCCAAUUUGAUGAACCUGCUGGCGACGGUGCUGGUGUUUGCGGUGGUUAUUUACUUCCAGGGCUUCCGCGUGGAUCUACCGAUCAAGUCGACCCGCUACCGCGGCCAAUACAGCAGCUAUCCGAUCAAGCUUUUCUACACGAGCAAUAUUCCGAUCAUCCUGCAGUCGGCGCUGGUUUCGAAUCUUUACGUCAUUUCUCAGAUGUUGGCGGUAAAAUUCCACGGCAACCUGCUCGUUAAUCUGCUCGGAACGUGGGCCGAUGUGAGUGGCGGUGGCCCCGCCCGUGCCUACCCCAUCGGUGGACUCUGUUACUACCUAUCGCCACCGGAAAGCCUCUCGCACAUCCUCCAGGAUCCGAUCCACGCCCUCCUCUACAUCGUGUUCAUGCUCGGUAGUUGUGCUUUCUUCUCGAAAACCUGGAUCGAUGUGUCCGGCAGCUCGGCCAAGGACGUGGCCAAGCAACUAAAGGAACAGCAGAUGAUUAUGCGUGGCCAUCGGGAGAGUUCGAUGAUUCACGAACUGAACCGGUACAUUCCGACGGCGGCUGCCUUCGGUGGGCUGUGCAUCGGUGCUUUGUCGGUGACGGCCGAUUUUAUGGGAGCCAUCGGGUCCGGAACCGGUAUCCUGCUGGCCGUCACCAUCAUCUACCAGUACUUUGAGAUCUUCGUCAAGGAGCAGAGCGAGAUGGGUGGAAUGGGAACGUUACUGUUCUAAAGCAUGAACAUGAAACUGGUUAGAACCAGCUUCAUCUAUCAUCACACCCAAAUUUCAAAGAUUUUUUUUCUGUUUUUUCCCAUUCACUCAUUUUAUUUUACGAGUACGUGUACUAAUUUGUUCUAGUACCGGUAAAACCAGUCUUAUUUUUCUCGUUAAGACUUAAGUAUAAUAAAACCGAAAACCUAAACGAUAAAAAUCGAAAAAACACAGACCUUCCAAAUCAGAUAAUACAAAAAGAAAUGUUUGAAACAUUGGAUUUGUAAAAAAAAUACAUCAAGCAAUAAAUAGACGAUUCAGGAAUCGUCGUAUUGUCAGGAAGAAAAAUUGGGAAAACAAUAUUCAAGAGAUUUGAAGACUUCCCUAACUGACGAAGCUAGAAACAUAACUUAUUAAGAGAGCAUUUUUUCGUGUUUGAGUUUAUUUUGUGAGAUCAAUUCAAUAAACAAUUAAAUGAAAA